GAAUAUGCAGCGACAGUGAAAUGAUGUCCAACUGCUAGUGCUGGCAGACUGCUCGGAUAAUAUACUGGGUGGGAAAGCUCUGUAUACACAGCCGUUACGCCUCUGUGGUUCAGCUUUGUCAUUUAUGGUGAUCGUUUCUGUGCAGCCAGCACAACACCUUCAUUGGAGUGCAGGUUUUACCGGAUAUGGGACUAAAGUGUGGAGACACAACCUUUGAAAUUGUGCUUUGGCUUUAAUACUCAUCAGAGACCAUCACAGUUUAGGUGUUUAUUUUUCUUUCUCAUAUUGAGCUGUUUUGCCUGUGGAAGUAGCCAUCAGAGUAUUAGCCUCAAGUAUGGAUCAGCAGUAACGCAAUCUUUGAACUAUACUCCGCAACCAUGUAGAGGUUUUCAUUAUGCAGUUCUGUUGUGUCCACAGAUAGCCUAAUGCCCAUGUUAAAGUGCUGUUCGGCUGAGCAAGUUUCAUCACGCUGAUGAGGUCGUUUGUGUUCAUUUACGCGUAGUUAUCGCCCUCGGAAUAAACUGUCGCCUGCUCAUUUUCUGAUUUUCUUUUCACGUGCUUUUUCUGAAAACAUGGCUCGACUACGGAGAAGAUCUUGCGUUCUUCUUAUUCUCUUCGCGCUCUUCGUGCUUGGGACUCUGAUGGGAUUAAGGACUCUGAAGCCGAGUGAUGGCUUCUCGGAUCUGGACGUUUUGCCCAUCAAGGGGGCGAAAGUUGACAGGCACGUCGUUGUCAGCGAUGUCCUGUCAUCGGCCGGUCAGGAACGCGUUGUAGCAAGUAACGCAAAACCAGCCGGCUCAAACCCAACCACUGACAGAGGUGUAUCCUACGACGUCCAUAUAUUUUACUACACCUGGUAUGGGAACCCGCAGACGGAUGAGAGAUACUUGCAUUGGGACCAUGUUCUGGUGCCACACUGGGACCCUAAAAUCGCUGCCAGUUAUCCGAGAGGAAGGCAUGUUCCCCCUGAAGACAUCGGCUCGAGUUUUUAUCCUGAACUGGGGCCGUAUAGCUCCAGGGAUCCGGAAGUGCUGGAGUCUCACAUGGAGCAAAUUAGCACGGCAGGGGCAGGUGUGGUGGUGCUGUCCUGGUAUCCUCUGGGUUUGGCUGAUGAUCAUGGGGAGCCUUCUGAAGAUUUGGUACCAUGGAUCCUGGAUGCUGCACUAAGGCACAAUUUAAAAGUGGCGUUUCAUAUCCAGGCCUAUAAAGGAAGGACUGAUCAUAGCUUACACAACAACGUCAAAUACAUCAUCGACAGGUAUGGAGAUCAUGGGGCUUUUUACCGCUUCAGCAUCAGCAAUGGGAAAGUGCUGCCUCUUUUCUAUAUCUAUGACUCUUACCUGACUCCUACUGAGGCUUGGGCAGAGCUACUAACCUCCACAGGCUCUCACAGUCUGCGUGGAACCCAAUACGAUGGUGUCUUCAUUGCACUCAUUGUGGAUGAGAAACACAAGCAUGACAUCCUUGCCGGAGGAUUUGAUGGGAUGUAUACAUAUUUUGCAUCCAACGGAUUCUCCUAUGGCUCUUCUCAUCAAAACUGGAAGGGCCUCAAGACCUUUUGUGAUGGCAACAAUCUGCUCUUUGUGCCAAGUGUGGGCCCUGGCUACAUUGACACCAGUAUACGGCCCUGGAACAACCACAACACUCGCAACAGAGUGAACGGCAGAUAUUAUGAAACUGGUCUACAAGCAGCAUUGACCGUGAGGCCUGAGAUAGUUUCCAUCACUUCCUUCAACGAGUGGCACGAGGGCACACAGAUUGAGAGGGCGGUACCUAAAAAGACCAUCAGGCGGGUGUACCUGGACUACCAGCCGCACGAGCCCGAUCUCUAUCUAGAACUAACCAGGACAUGGGUUGAGCAGUUUCGUAAAGAGAAAGAGCGAUGGCUUGUUUGACAUGGAUUUGUUUGAAAUAGUUUGGAACAGACCUUUUGUUUUGGUGUAGGAUGCUGUAUAUAGGCAUGAUAAAUAAGAAACUUCAAAACAUUUUUACCAGUCACAUAAGCCCAGUUAGCUCAUCUUUAGUAACUACAUUUCCCAGUAACCCUUAUGAUGAAAAGAAUGGCAUGGCAAGUUUCAAAAGUGUACCAUCUACCUGUUACAGCCCAGAGAUCUUUAAAAGAAAUAAUCUUAUUCCAGAAUGUUACAUAUAUUAUCAUUACAUGUGCUGAACCUAUGUGACCCAGAAAAGAAUGCCUUGAUGGUCUUUCAUACACUGAAUGAAUAACAUUGAUCUGCACAAAAAAAUGAAUUCAAAGCUCACAAUUCAAGAACAUUUUAUUUAUGAGCUUAUUACUAAACAGCUAUUUUAUUAGCUGUUUAUUUGCAGGAGGAUUUGUUGCAUUUAGCAAAAUGUAAGGACAGACAGGGAACAAAAAUCAGCCCUUUAAAUUUGCUUUAUAUUGGCCAUCUACAUUUGUCCAGAACACUGACUCACUGUGUAAGAACUGUACACCUGCUCAUUUAUGCAGUCAGACAACCAUGUGGCAGAAACACAAUGCAAAAAAAUAGCACAGGCACAGGUCAAAAGCUCCGGUUUAUGUUCACAUUAAAUAUUGGAAUGAAGAAAAAGUGGCAUGGUUUUUGGUGCUAGAUGGGCUGGUUUGAGUAUUUCAGAAAUGGUUGAUCUGGUAUUUUCACACACAACAGUCUAUAGUUUAAACAGAAUUGUGAAAAAAAAUAAAAUAAUACAAAGUUCUGUGGAAAUGCCUUGUUGAUAAGAGAGGUCAGAGAAAAGUGCUUAAAACUUCUGAAAUCACAUUUUCUUCUUCAUUCAUUUUUGCUGUGAACAUUAACUAAAGAUUUUGAGCUCUAUCUGUAAGAUUGUUUUUUGCAUUGUAGUGCUGCCAAACAAAACAAAAUCUGACUAGAUAACUGCAUGAGCGUGAAGUGUAUUUAGAUCAUUUUUGUAUACUUCAGUAAUGCCUUUAAUAAAGCAUUAAUGUGAUUGGUAAACACUUUCUUCUGACUGCCAAAUGAUUUUAAAGACACAAAAAGUUAGCAAUACAACCAGAAAUUCAGAAAGACCCACCAAAAUAUUUGGUGUACCAAUAAGCAGUAUGUGUGUGUUGUUUGUAGUAAAGUGCAGAGCAAAGCCAUGGAGGUGCUACAAAUUUCACUGUAGUAUCAAAGGUUCAUGAGAAUUCCUUUGAACAGCUAAUCAUCUUUGCUAGCAGAAAAGUAACUUGAUAUAGUUUAGUCAGUGACGGGCCGCCAGGGCCAGCAAGGCCUUCUCUGCUGGCCUAAACAGCAGUGAUCUGAAUCACUGACUUUAAUAUAUUUUUCCAUGAAUUUGUAUUAAAUUAUUCCCAAUAGUCUAUUCUCUACAUUUCAUAGCUCUUGGUUGCGCUGCUUCCAGUAGUGUAUAUUUAUGAUGAGAGUUUUUACAGUUUUUCAUAUUUCAGCCAGUGGCUGACAUCAUGUGUUACCAGGGUGAAACAAAUCUGCCUUAAUGCCUUCAGAAUCUAUAGUGCAGGUGCCCGUAGCUUAAAAUAAGUGGCAAUGAAAUUGUUACAUUAACCAAUCAGAUUUCGAGUUUGCGUAACUGGGGCCAUCUAGCAGGCAUACGAUUAUGUCAGCAAUUUCCCGUCCUUUGACUGGAUAAUUGGAGUAGUCAGAGGCAGGGAACUGCACAAACUAAGUAAAAUAUACACUACUCACAAAAAGUUAAGGAUAUUCGGCUUUCAGAUGAAAUUUCAGGAUGCACCUAAAAUGCACUAUAACCUUUACAGGUGAACUUAAUUUGACCUUCUCUACACUUUUGAAUGCACAUGUCCAACUGUUCAGUGUUUCAGUACUUUUUGCAUAACUUGCUGUUCUUUAACAAGGUGCUUAAUGGCAAAAUUCACAACUGGUGUUUGAUCCAUGAAUCAACCAAUAAAUUUUCUGGUUCAAUUAGAAUUGAUAUUUAAACAGUUCUCUUCAUCAUGCUGUUCACAUUUUGACAUCAUGAGACCAAGACCACACCUAACAACUGAUCAACAGUACCUCGCCAUUGCAAGGCUUCAAACAGGAUGUUCUCGGAGGGAAGUGGCCACUGAGCUUAGAGUGUCACAGAGUGUCAUCAGCAGGUUGCGACAGAGAUACAGAGAGACUGGAAGAGUCACAGAAAGGUAUAGAAGUGGACGUCCUUUGGCCACAUCCCACGUUGAUGGCUGCUUCAUUGUGAGCAGUGCCCUGCGGAACCGGAUGAUGAAUGCCACUCAACUCCAGGCACAUUUAAGGGAGGUGAGAGGCACCCAAGAGUUACGUCAGAUCAUUCAAAACCAUUUACAUCAGCGUGGUCUGCGUGCUAGACGACCUGCAAGGGUACCUGACCACACCACCAGGCACAGGCGUCAUCGUCUUGCAUGGGCCAAGGAGCAUUUAUGCUGGACGAGGGAGCAGUGGGCCUCAGUGCUGUUCUAUGAUGAAAGUCGAUUCAUGUUGAGCAGAAAUGAUGGCUGUCAACGAUGUUGGAGACGUCAAGGAAAGCGCUAUGCAUCAGCCACUGUUGUCACCGGACGACAGUCUGGGCAGGUGUGUCUACUCAAUACAGAGCUGCCCCACAUCUUGUGACUGGUACAGUGACAAGCCAAUACUAGCUGAAUAACAUCAUUAAUCCAGUCAUUGUGCCCCUGCAUGAACAACACAGGCCUAAUUUCAGUUUCAUGGACGACAAUGCUCCAGCUCAUCGAAGUCGCAUCAUUAGGGAACGGCUGCUGGAGGCUGGGGUACCUCAAAUGGAGUGACCUGCACUUUCUCCAGACCUGAAUCUUAUAGAAAUCCUAUGGGAUCAGCUGAGUCGCCGUGUAGAGGCUCGUAACCCUGCACCCCGGAACCUCAAUGAUCUGAGGGCCGCCCUUCAAGAAGAGUGGAAUGCCAUGCCUCAGCAGACAAUAAGUUGACUCAUGAACAGCAUCGUUGUCAAGCUGUAAUUGAUGGUCAAGGGCACAUGACAAAUUAUUGAGACAUUGACAUUUUUUGUUGUGGUAUACCCACCACUGUUGUUGGCUUUUCUUUCAAUAAAUUGUUUGAGAUGAGGAAAUCA